AUGGAAAUAAAUGAAGUAAUAUCUUUAUUUGAUCACUUUUAUAUCUUAUUUGAUGAUUAUAUUGUAAAAAAUACAAAAGAUAUCAAUAGUUAUAAUUCUAUUUUUAAUAAGAAGGAAUUUUUAGAAUUCUUAAAAUUCUACUCUAAUGUAAAAAUAAAAAACAAAGAAAUUAUAUCUAAUAAAGAUGAAAUUAUAGAUGAAUUAAUAUAUGCUUUUAAGCAUUUAGGUAAAUAUAUAAAUAGAUGUGAUAUAUUUUCUAAAAAUGAAGAAAUAGAUGAUAUAAAUACAAAAUAUUUAAAGCUUUUAUUAAUCCCAUAUAUAUUAGGGUUUUUAAGUUAUGAAACCAUAAAUAUAAAUAUACGCUAUGAUAGAUUGAAGGAUUCAAAAUUAUAUUUUCAUGAAUAUAUCAAUUUAAUGAAUAUUUAUAAAAUAAUUAAAAUGGAUGAUUAUUUAUUUGAUGAGGAAAAUAGUACAAAUUUAGUUAAUAGAAGAAAUAUAAAGAUAAAAAGAACAAAAGAUGAAAAAAAAUAUCAAGAAAUGUUUGAAGAAAUAUUUAAAAACAACUUAAAAUAUAAGGAUGGUAAUAAUAUAGAUGAUACUUGUGAUGACUAUAGAGAAAUGUAUAUAUCUCUCAUAAAGUGUAAGUUCAUACAAACAUUAAACAUAAUUGAUUUAAUAGAUACUGAAUUACAGUUUUUAGAAAUAAGAAAUAAUGAAAAAGAAGAUAAGAAAGAAAAUGUGAAAAAUUCUGAUAUAAAAGAUCAAGUAAGAAAACCAUGGUUUUUCAGUAUUAAAAAAAAAAUGCAAUUAUCCGAUGUUACUCAAAUUAGAAAUUAUUACAAAGAUUUAGUUUUUAAACCAUUUCAUAAUUUACCAACAAUUUCUUUAGAUGAAUGUGCAAAAAUUGAAAUGGAAUUUUCUUUAAAAGGAACAAAUGAUAAUAAUCAAAAAAAUAACGAAAAUGAUGAUAUUCAAGAUCUAAAAAAUGAUAAGAAUGAUGAUUAUUAUAAAGAAUAUUCAAAAAAAGAAAGAGAAAAAGAAAUUUUUGAUAAAGAAUGGGAUGAUUGGAAAGAUUUGCACCAAAAAGGAAUAGGUAAUAAAAACAGAAAUAUUGCCUAA